CUUCAUCUCACCUCCAGCAAGCCGGAGCACCCCCCUCCCUCUCUUGGAUCGUUCUAGUCCACUUUCUCUCUUUCUCUCUCUCUCUCUGCAUCCUCUUGUCUCUCCUCCUCACCCUUUCCAUCUCUUCCUCCCUUGUCCUUCACUCCUCUCCAGCUGCCAGAAGCUCACAGGCUCGGCGCCCCUGACAAUCCAACCGCUGACGAUUCAGAAGCACCCCGGACAAAGACCUCGCCACAGCAGCCAAGAUGGCAAUGAGCAGCAUCCUCAACGCCGAUGACAUCAAGAAAGCUCUCGACGCAUUUGCAGUUGCGGACUCUUUCGACCACAAGAAGUUCUUCGAGGUCAUUGGUCUGAAGUCCAAAUCCCCCGACGAUGUGAAGAAGGUCUUCACGGUGCUGGACGCCGACAACAGCGGCUUUAUAGAGGAAGAGGAGCUCAAAUUCGUCCUGAAGGGUUUCGCCAAGGACGGCAGAGACCUGACAGACAAAGAAACCAAAGCGUUUUUAAAAGCUGCUGACAAGGACGGAGACGGCAAGAUUGGAAUUGAUGAAUUUGCUGCCCUGGUGAAGGAAUGAACAGCCGCCCAUCGCCGUGACGGCUCGCCUCCCAGGCCUCACCGCCCCGACUCCAUGCUCGCCCCCUUCCCCGACCGACCGACCCAGAACCCGCUUCAAUUGCUCCUUCCCUUCAACCUCAGCCUCACUGCUGUCUCCACAAAGUGAAACACUGCAGUGAAGUCGGCUGUGCUACGCAGCCCGCCACCUGCUCCCCCUCUCGUCCCGCACCGCAGUUUAAUAAUUUAUCCCGUUUUUUAUACAAACUCUUCACGUUUCUGUUCAUGUAUAGAUAUGAAACACUCUUGCAACUAAAGUUUGUACUUUGAAGCAUAUGUAGAUAUUUACAGAGAGCAUUUCCUUCAACCUCCUGACAUCACCGUCUGUCUAAUCUGCUUGUUCUUCUGUUUUCUUCUCUCCGUUGACGUCACCGAACCCCCGCCCUCUCUUACACCGUCAACCCAUCCAUCCAUCCAUCCAUCUGCUUUCCAUCUAUCACUUUAUCCCCCCGAUAAUGAGCUGUUGUAAAAGAAAAAACUAAACAAAAAAAACACAAUGAUGGCAGAAGUCAACCUGUGAAAGAAAAUAAAAGAGUAAAAUACAAAAAGUCUGGGCAACAUCUUCUGAUAUGCUGGGUUUAUUUCUUUUACUCUCAAUCUACAGUUCAAGAUUUUGCACUCACUCAAUCAACAUUGGAAAUAAUGUCGCACAGAACCUUAAAAAUUAUUAAAAUCAACCUUUGGGCAAACAAGAUGGUCUCCAACUCACACGAGCUCAAAAAUGUCCAUACUGUCUUUUGUUUGAACAACCUGAAUCAGCCAUGCAGCUGCUGAUUUUACAUUAAGUUCAAAGAUUUGGAAGCAACUGGAAAACAAAAUAAAAUAA